AUGCGUUUGCUUAAUCUUUCUGCGUCGCAAUUGAUGCGACCUUCUCUUCUGAGAUCUCGUGUCGCUACUUUGUUCUCGCUGUCCGGUAUUCGCAAGAAGAAGGAAUCUGGAUCAGUCACUGAGGAUCUGAAGCAUGAAAAGACCAAUCGGCCCUAUGGCGAAAAUACGGGCUCUGGAACCAUUCCCGAGCUGAAGGAUAAAAAAGCAUCUUUCGAUCCCCAUACAGUCGAUCCAAAGAAGGAAAUGGACGAGAUGCGCAAAGAAACCGACGAUUCCGUCUCACCUCUAGACUGGAGUGGUGCCAACGAGAAGACAAGCCCGCAAACCAACGAAGACGAAGAGAUAAAGAAAUAA